CUCACGCUCCUCUCUCACACACUCUGCACCAUGAACGGUACACAGGGCUAUCCAUACCCCCAGGUGUUUCUAGUGGACAGUGGUGGAGGUCCACAGCCGUCGGUCCAACCUCCAGGCAUGCUGCCCUGCUGGUCCUUCCCUCCUGCUCACGAGAGAGUGAGGGAGCGGGGCAGGGCCAGGGGGGUUGGCUCCUGGAGCCUGGCUGUGGCUUUGCUGUUUCUGCUGCUGCUGGUGUUUGGGGCUUUAGGACUGGGUGCCUACCAGAUAAUCAAGCUACAGACUCAACUCGAUGGGAUACAACAGGAAAUUAACAUUGAGAGUGAUGGUUGUGCGCCUGAGAAGCUAGUGGGUGACCUUCCAGAGACUGAUCCAGAGACUGAUCCAAACAGAGGGAAGACAGCCGGCAGACCUGCAGCACAUGUCAUAGGCCGGAUUGAGAAGGAUGUUUCACAGAAUACCUUGCGUUGGGAGCCCAAGGCGGGGCGGGCCUUCACAGAGGGGGGCGUGGUCUAUCGUGACGGCGGUCUGCAGGUCAACGAGACUGGGCUCUACCACAUCUACUCCCGGGUGCAGUUUGAAGCCAAUCACUGCACCCCUACAGACACCUUGGUUCACUCUGUGUUUGUGAGAAGGCCAGGGAAUCUCAAGUCUCUCACCCUGAUGGAGGGGCACAGGGAGAGCUACUGCAGCCUGGGCUCUCAUGGGUUUGUCUGGACCUCGGGGAGUUACCUGGGAUCCACACUGAAGCUGGAAAAGCAGGACUGGGUCUAUGUGAACGUCUCCCAUCCAGCCAUGCUCAGCCACGCUCAUCAUGCCAGCUUCUUUGGACUCCACAAGAUCUAGAAAACAGGAGGAGAUCUGUUUCAUGUCAAUUUUCUGGCAAAUCACCAUUAUAUUUUGGCAGAACAGUAAUGGCAGUGCAAUGAGCAUUCAUUUAUUUAUUUGUGAUGUUAGAACUGGAGUGGGUUUCAACUGAUAUUUCAAUCCGAGAGAACCUUAACACUAAUAUGCUGGUGAGGAAAGUGGUAUUAAGUAUUUAUUCUGAUAAAAAUCUGACACUGAUGAUCCCAGCAGCAGGUCUGAAUGUAUAUUCAUUAGAACACAGAUAAAUAAUUUGCAUGUUUGGGAUUUUCUAUAAU